AACAAUUACCCAAUUCAACUUACAAAAUGGUCUCAGUUUCAAUGUCUAUGCCACUAUCUUCUGCAACCCAGAAAAGGGUUCACCACCCAAAUUCUCAAUCCUUCAUCAAACCAUUACCUGUAAGACCAUCAAAAUCUGUUUUCUUCUUCACUAACUCAAAGUCAAAAGUCAGACUUGAAGUGCAGGCCUCUUUAAGAGAAAAGGCUGUGACUGGACUCACAGCAGCUGCAUUAACAGCUUCAAUGAUAAUACCUCAGGUGGCUGAGGCAGCUGGACCUGGUGUCUCCCCUUCUCUCAAGAACUUCUUGCUCAGCAUCGUCGCUGGUGGAGUCGUGCUUGGUGUGAUCGUUGGAGCUGUUAUUGGGGUCUCUAACUUUGAUCCUGUUAAGCGAAGCUGAUCGGGUAUCUGAAACGUCACUGAAUUCUCUCCAUCUCUUCGCUGUAUUAUUGUUGUUUUUACACUGGUUUAUAUUAGUAAUAUGCAAGACCUUUUCUCUAUAUAUAUAUUAUCUUUGGUGGGAUUGUUUUA